GGCGGGGAGCACACACGGAAAUCCGUAGAGGAGGGAGGUGGCACCUGGGGAGUGAGACUUCCGGUGGCGCAAAGCGUGUUGGGAUCAGUUUGCGGCAAACCUCCUUCCCGGCCUGUGAGACCACCGUUAGCGCCGCUCCAGCUUCCCCAGCCCGCCCUCGCUCAGGCGGCCGGGCUGCUGCCGCGCGCCCCGGCUGUUCUCGGCCCCGUCCGCUCUCGUUCCGGGCCGCCGGCGUGCGUUCAGCGGCGGCCUCGGCAGACAUGUUGUGAGGCGGCGGCGGCGCGGGUGCCCGAAGGAUGGUGUGGCCGAGGCGGCGGCAACCGCUGCUGGUGGCGGCGGCCGCGGCGGCUGCGGCUCUGUAGAGCCCGGCCUGCGGGGUGUGCGGCUUACUGCGGCCGGCCGGGUACUCCAGCGAGCCGUUUAGGUCCGGCCAGACGACAGCGACAGUCGGUCUGAGGCGAGCCGGAGGAGGGUCUCCAGCCUUGGGAGAGGGGCCCCGAGCCCUCGGCACCCUGACCUUCUCACACGGCGGGUGUUCCCGGCCCUCGGACCCGCGCCUUCCGCGUUUCCACACCUCUGAGUUCUGAGCUUCCCCGACCCGGUCCCCCCGUCCGAGGGCAGCCUUUGGGAAAUCUGCGUGGAGUGGUGGCGGACCAGAGUCGAAGAGUCCGAAAGUUGGGGCUUGAAAGACAGGAAGGUACGAUGGCUUCCUCGUCUGGCAACGAUGAUGAUCUCACUAUUCCCAGAGCUGCUAUAAAUAAGAUGAUCAAAGAGACUCUCCCCAACGUCCGGGUGGCCAACGAUGCCCGAGAGCUGGUAGUGAACUGCUGCACUGAAUUCAUUCACCUUAUAUCUUCGGAAGCCAAUGAGAUUUGCAACAAGUCGGAGAAGAAGACAAUUUCACCGGAGCAUGUCAUACAAGCACUAGAAAGUCUGGGCUUUGGCUCUUACAUCAGUGAAGUAAAAGAAGUCUUACAAGAAUGCAAGACAGUGGCACUGAAAAGAAGGAAGGCCAGUUCUCGCUUGGAAAAUCUUGGCAUUCCUGAAGAAGAAUUACUGAGACAGCAACAGGAGUUAUUUGCAAAGGCUAGACAACAGCAAGCAGAAUUGGCCCAACAGGAAUGGCUUCACAUGCAGCAAGCCGCCCAGCAAGCCCAGCUUGCUGCAGCCUCAGCCAGCGCAUCCAAUCAGGCAGGGUCUUCUCAAGAUGAAGAAGAUGAUGAUGAUAUCUGAAAUUCACCAUCUCGGCUUUUGUUUCCUCUAUAAGAAAACAAUGAAAGAAAUGCUUGUCUGUAAUUGUGUAUGCAUCUUGGUGGACUUACCAUUGGUAUUCUAGAGACAUCUGCUGUCCGUUUUCAACUACUGUGCUAUACAUGUAAAACUGUCUCUUUGAACUAUUGUAAAUUGAAGGUUCAGUAUAAGAUCAACUUUGAAUUUGUAAUGGUGUUUCUGGAAUCUAAGAGCAGUGUGAAUCCUUUAUUUGGUCAAUAAACAGUAUUACAGAAAACUUCAGGUUUAUAAAAAUACAGUGAAAUUUAUACAGAUCUCUUAAUCUCUAUUUGCAUUUUCUCUGCCCUUUUAACUGAACUAAAAUUAGAAUUUUAUAUUGAGACAGGACAUGGCAUGAUACAGAAUACAUUGAAUCGGGUUGGCAAAAAAAGUUCAGUUCUAUAUAGUAUCUAAAUUUUUUUUGUCUUUUAAAGUGAGUAUAUAUGCAGGCAACAAUUAUAUAUGCUCAGAUAAAUAUACUUGCUGAGAGAAAAACUCAAGACAUUCAAAAACUAGGAAGGAAUUGUAUUCACUAGUAGUUGUAUAAAUUUGGUGAGUUAUGUUUUUGAUUUUGUUACUGUUUUGUGUAGCAGUAAAGACUAGUUUCAUUAUAGUAUAAUUUAUCCUGACCUACACUAUGCCAUUUCAGAGACUGGCUAAUCUUGAAGAUUGUCAUGAUUCUUACUAUUUCACUCCAGUCAGUAAUUGUUCAUAGUAUUACUUGCAUAGUUCGUUCAUGUUUAUGACAUUUGAGAAUAUAGGUGGGAUUGUGAAACAGUUGCUUGGGUUCCGUUGGUUUAACUGAGGCUCAUGGAUAUUCAGACCUGUGCUAGGGGAAUUAAAUGAAAGCUAAUGAACAUGUUUGCUAUGAAAGAGGGCUUUAAAAAUAUUAUUUAACAUUUAGUUUACUUAUUGUUUGGUUUUAGCAUAGAUUUACAUUUUCUUGACUAGAUGGCCUAAAGAGUCCAGUGCUAACUUUUGAUAUGGCAUCAUUGUCCCCAUCAUCAUAAUUGAUAGCUUUAAAGUUUACGUUUGAUUAAAAAGUGUCAUAACUGACCAGCCCUAUAUGAAGUGUUAACUUGCUUAUUAAAAGGGAGCAGCUUUAAUUUGGUUUCAAUGAAUAGAGUGUAGUAGUGUUUGUGAGAGGGAUCCACCAUUUGGAGAAAAGGUGUAUUGCUUGUAUUUUGGAAACAGAAAAAUGCCACAUAAGGUAAUAGCAAGUCAUUAAAUUCCUAUGUCAGUUGCCAAGUUAUUUAAAUUUCUGUAAUCACCAAGCUCCAGAAGAGACUCUAACUGCCAGGAUUUUAAUUUUAAUUGGAGAACUAAGUAAAGUUUAUAAGUAUUAGAUUUAUUAAUAUUCAUAUUUUGCAGUUUUAGAAAAAGGGAAAUAUUGUUAUGCAUUUAUCAGAUACAUAUACUUCCCAGUAUAACAGAAAAGGUAGUACAAAGGGUAGUAAUUUCGCUGAAUGCUUUAUGCUGAAGUUAUUUUGAGGUAUUUCAUGGAUAUGCCCAUGAAGUGUUUGGAAAAAAUAGAAGGAAUCGUUUUUUUCAAAAAGGUUAAGUACCAAAGGUAGGUAGUUUAGUCUACAAAAAUAAGUUAGUCACUGUUGGCUUUUCUGAUUUGUACUGUAACAUUCUUUUACUUUGUUUUAAGUGUAUAUUUCUCAAGUAAACAAUUUAGAUAUUUUUCCAUGCCUCCUUCUUUUUGAUGCAGACUUCAGGUUAAUUAAUAUUUUACUGCAUCUGAUAAUGUAUUAUAUGUUUGAAGCCUAGUGACUUUUCAUUUUGAUGUUCUUGUGAUUUCAUAUGCUGUAUUCUUCAAGCAAUAAAAUUCUGAUGUGUUUUAUAAA